AUGGAAGGACCAGCUGGUGAUCUGGAAGACCAUGACGUAACAACCAACUCAUCAGAAGAAAACCCUACUGGCUCCAAGCUCUCUCCCGUAUUUCCCAGCCUUGCUCCAUCAUGCAGUCCACCUCCAUCUUCCAGAAACUCGGCCCAUGACACAAGUGAGCGCGGCGAAUCUUCUACCCAAAAAGUCAAAGUCACGCCAGACAAAAGAAGCCAGAAGGGGGAAAAGCCAUUUUCAUGUUCGGAAUGUGGGAAAUGUUUUCCGCGGAGGAGCCACCUCCUUUCCCACCAGAUGAGCCAUACAGGUGAGAAGCCGUUUUCCUGUCCAGAAUGUGGGAAAUGUUUUUCCUAUAGAUCUGGUCUUCUUCUACACCGGAGAACUCACACGGAGGUGAAGCCGUAUUCAUGUUCGGUAUGCGGGAGGGCUUUCACUCGGAGGUGGAUUCUUCUGGAACAUGAGAACACCCACACGGGUGUCAAGCCUUAUUCCUGCACCGAAUGUGGAAAGUCUUUUUCUCAGAAACAGCGACUUACUUGGCACCAGGGAACUCACUCGUCUGAGAAGCCUUUCCCUUGUGCCGAAUGUGGCAAACGCUUUACGCACCGGGCACUCCUUGCCACCCAUCAGAGGACUCACACCGGGGCCAAGCCUUAUUCACAUCACCUGGUUCUUCACCAGAGAGCUCACACGGGGGAGAAGCCGUUUACAUGCUCAGAGUGUGGGAAGUCCUAUAUCAAGAGAGGGGACCUUACCUGCCAUCAGAUGACUCACACAGGGGAGAAGCCGUAUUCAUGCUCCGAGUGCGGGAAAUGUUUUGCUAAAAGGUCCCAUCUGGUCAAUCACCAGAGAACCCACACGAAAUGUUUCGCUAAAAAGUCUUACCUUACCGUACACCAGACCACUCACACGGGGGUGAAGCCGUUCUCUUGUUCUGAGUGCGGCGAAAGCUUUUUCUGGAAGAUAUCCCUUACCAGACACGAAAAAGUCCACACAGGGCAGGAGUUGCACUCGUGUUCAGAAUGCGGAAAAUGUUUUACCGACCGAUCCAUUCUUAUCGAACAUCAAAGAAUCCACACGGGGGAGAAGCCUUAUUCCUGUUCGGAGUGCGGGAAAUGUUUCUCACGGUGUUCCAGUCUUAUUGUGCACCAGAGGACCCACACUGGUGAAAAGCCUUAUUCGUGUUCUGAGUGCGGGAAAUGUUUUGCUUCAAGAAUGUAUCUUACCAAACAUCAGCGGACUCACUCAGGCGUGAAGCCGUUUUCCUGUUCCAAAUGCAGUAAAAGUUUCCAUUUUAAGUCGUAUCUUAACCGGCAUGAAAGAGUUCACACGGGGGAGUCGUGA